CUCCUCUAAGCUCCGGUUGUUGACACUCUCCAAAAGUCCGCACGGCUCUCACGGAUAACGGAGACAUUAUCACAGCUCCUCCGGGCUCCCUCCGCUUCUUCUGCUCUCCGGCUGGAGGACGGAGAAACGGUUCCAGCCGAAAGCACUAGACUGUCAUCGUGGAUCCUCUUAUUUUGAGACUGUCUGCGUUUUGAACUUUUCUUGCUCCCUGCAAGCUCGUGACGCCGUCUCCUUCCUCUCGUUCCUCUGCCCCGAGACAGAGAGUAAUGGCAGAGAAGCGGCGGUCCCCGUGCGCGCUGAGCGUCAAGGCUCAUGCAUUCUCGGUAGAAGCGUUGAUCGGGGCGGAAAAGAGACGCAGGACAGCUGGAGAAGAUGCUGUGUCCCCCGGAUACGAGGACGGAACUGAUGUCUCUGAUCUAACCGGGAGCCCGGGGCCGCGGGCCGACAGAGCGUGCACAAGUGACCGGGGCAGCGAGGCUGAAUGUGCAAGUGACGGAUCCCCGGAGAGCGAGGACGCGCUGCUGGAGAGCCCGCAGCCUGCAACUCUGUGCACGGCGCCGGUAACCGGCACCGGAGAGGAGGCCCGCGUGGACCUGCAAGGAUCAGACCUGUGGAAACGGUUCCACGAGAUUGGCACGGAAAUGAUAAUCACCAAGGCUGGAAGGCGGAUGUUCCCCGCUAUGCGUGUGAAGAUCACGGGCUUGGACCCACACCAGCAAUAUUACAUUGCCAUGGAUAUAAUCCCCGUGGACAACAAACGAUAUAGGUACGUGUACCACAGCUCCAAGUGGAUGGUAGCGGGGAAUGCGGACUCCCCUGUGCCGCCCAGAGUGUAUAUCCACCCGGACUCUCCGGCCUCAGGAGAGACGUGGAUGCGUCAGGUGGUCAGCUUCGACAAACUUAAACUGACAAACAAUGAGCUUGAUGACCAGGGACAUAUCAUUCUGCACUCAAUGCACAAGUACCAGCCACGGGUCCAUGUAAUCCGUAAGGAGUGUGGAGAGGAGUUGUCCCCAGUGAGAGCCAUCCCUGCUGGGGAAGGAACUCGUACCUUCUCCUUCCCUGAGACUGUGUUCACUACCGUCACAGCAUAUCAGAAUCAACAGAUUACAAGGCUGAAAAUUGACAGAAAUCCAUUUGCCAAAGGCUUCAGAGACUCUGGCAGAAACCGGAUGGGUCUGGAGGCUCUAGUUGAGUCUUAUGCAUUCUGGCGUCCCUCUCUGCGAACACUUACAUUUGAAGACAUCCCUGGCAUGGCCAAGCAAGGAGUCCCAGGAGCUCAUGGAGGGGUUGGAGCAUCAUCUCACCUGCUCUCCACGUCCCCGUGCUCCUCACCCUUCCAGGUUUGCCCCCUCAGCCCCCCUGACUACACCUGCAGUCGACCUACACACACCCUCCAUCGUUACAGCAACCCCCCAGAGCCAUUCCCCCCUCCCAGAGGUCCAUCGGCGUAUGAAGGUGAAGGAUUCUGUUCCCUGCCUCUCCCUGCUUCUCAACUUGGCUAUCUAUCCAACCCCACCUCGCAGGGUUACGCCGGUCUUCGCCUCCACACACCACCCUACAGCCUGUAUGGUUACACAUUCCCCUCACCACGCCUCGCUGCCAGCCCUGAUAAAAUGGCCGCCGCUGCCACUGCCAAUCAUCAGAGUGCCUUCCUUGGCUCGUCUCCUAGUGGGACUCUAACGGACAGUCUGGGUGUGCUCAGCGGAGGACAGCAGGGCUUCUUGUUUGACUCUCGGACUUUAGGACUGGCAGGUACCCAGCCGGGAGGUGGGGCCUCACAGGUCACUGCCCACAUGGGUUGAAUAUGAUUCUGGAUGUCUAGGGUUGUCAUGAAAGCAAAUGACACCCUGGAAUGGGUGUAAGUUGCUUUUGGUUCAGAAAGUCAUACAAAUUAAUCAUCCAUGUGCUGAACAAGCAUUGAGCUGAACUGUGGACAAACAGAGAGGCUUGACAGAUCAAGCCACUGCUUCUGUGAGCACAUGAGCUUGCCAAAGCUCCUUUAACUGAAGGGAAUAUUUCUUAUCUUUCAAGCAUGUUUUCUAUGACAUGCAUGUGCAGCUGCAGCGGUCACUAAAGGAAGAAACGUCCUGCAGCUUUGAUUAAGGAGUCCAAGCGAUGCAGCCCAGUGACUGAACUGGAACUGAAUAUGGACUGGGCAGACACAGGGCUGGCCCAGGCACUCAAAGCAAGCACUUCAACCCCUGGCAGGAGGCCCUGAAGCAGUAACUAUUAUACUCACACAGCAUUCUACAUGGCCUCUAUGAUCUUGUGUACUUUGAAUGGAGUUACUGAACACUGCUUUUAAACUUUCUUUUUAAGGGAUACAUUGACUAAAUUCCUUGUCAAUUAAAUUCUUUCACAUGCCUGUCGGUGUUCUCAAUCAAGUCAUUGGAUCAACAAAUAUGCAGCUAAAGUCCAGUUAGUAAUAUGCACUACAGCCAGGGCCUUCUAACCACUCAGACUUUAAAAAAAACUUUUACACACAACACCAGGAGCCUGUCACAUACUGACAUGAUGACAUAAUGGUCAUAAGAAGCCACGCAAGAUAUCCCGGUGACAGUUAUGGACUGACAAGGUUAAAGCUCUGGGAGGGUGAUGGAUGACAGACUGAUCUACAUAUUCUACAUCUGGUUUGAUAGACGUUUAUUUGAUGCAGCUGUUUGGAUGUCAUGCUGAAGAACGUCUUUUCUUGUGUGACACAGAUGUAACUGCACAAUGGCUCUGUAUAUAGUUGGGGAAGGGGGGGCAGGCGGGAGGAGAGAUGUGUAUAUAAAGGGCUGUGUGACCCUUUGCACUUAGAAACCCCAACGCACCUGCUUCUGCUCUUUAGACUGGGUCAGGUACGCAACAGCCAACCCUGAACUUGACAGAAAGGCUUUUCUUUGCAAACAUGCUCUAUAUCAGCACGCUGUUUGGCUGAGGACAUUAACACGUUCUUUGACCUUUUUGAGCCAAAUAAAAUAUAUCUAUUCAUGACAUAAUGUUUAUAUGUAGCCUAAUCAAUAUCUUACUAAUUUAACUGAUUUCAGAUGGUGUAUUAAUGUAAUUAUGAGUGUAUGAGUUUUCUUAAUUUUUUUUUUUUUUUUUACUGAAGCAAUCACAAUACUAUAUUUUCUUGUUACAACAAAAACAUGUAUGUUGAUGUAUUUGCACUCAUGUGUAUGUGUUAAUGUGAAUGUUGUGUGUGUGUGUGUGUGUGUGUGUGUGUGUGUGUGUGUGUGAUAAAACACUCAAACAUCCAGGUUGUCCUAGAGGCUUUAGAUGCCAGAGAAAUGAAAAAUACCACAGGAGACAGGGAAAAAGAACAACUCCCAGGUGCACACACACACACACACACACACACACACACACACAGACAAACAAAUAACACAUUUCAUCGUCUUUAUUGUGUACUGGCCAAAGAUUUCAUGCAAAUUGAUCGUAGUAGUACCUACAAGUCUGCUGAAUUGACUAGUCACACGAGACAGGGUGUGAGGUGAAUGCGGAUGUGGGUGUGGGUGUGUGGGUGUGUGGCAACAGGUGGUUGAGUUGUCAGCGAGUGUGUGACCUCACAGUCUCAAAGUUCAUGUAGAUCUCUGAGAAUUGACCCCCUCCCUUCCCCAAAGUCAUGCUACUCUGCUAAAAGCAUAAGCCAAGAUUUUUCAGAAAGCUGUUUGCUGUCACUCAAGCUUUGCAGUUUUAACCUAUUUUAACACCACUUAGUACUAUUUCUUCUGUAUCUUGUACCCAAAAUCAAUUUUGAAAAUGAUAACACACGCACCACACACUACGGAUAUAUAAUAUUUGGUAGUUAAAGGGGCUUUGUCAAUAGUAAAGCUACAAAAACAAGAAUAAAAUAUAACAGAAUACAACUGAAACUUUAGCAGCUGCACAAAAAUAUGAGAGUUGGAUCCUGCUCCAUGCUUCUUUAUAUCAUAACCACACAAAAAAUACUUACAAAAUUACAACUGGAAUGGGGGCUGGGUCUAAGAAUAGAUUCCACAGUCCUUACUCCACAGUAAGGAAAAUACAAAGUUGUGGACUGUUUUAUUGUUUGCACUAACUGCACUCUUACAGAGGCCGUUUUAAAUUUAAACUAUACACUAAUAAUAAAAGAUGGACAUGUCUUGGGACCAACAAACACAAUAGCUAGUUUCCUUAGUUAGUUUAGGACUACUGUUACAAGAAUAGGCUAGAGUCUGGUGGCUAGCUGUAAUAAUCCAAAUAUAUGAGGGGAAC